UUUUGUCCACACGUGUUACUUACAUGUCUUUAUGUCUGUCAUCUGUAUAAAAGUCUAUUUUUUAAUUCGUCUGCCAAGUGUUUGUUUAUGUUUCAAAUUUUGCUUUUGUAGAUAACUUCAGAACAGAGAGCUUCGGCAUUUUUGAUGCAUGAAGUUAUAUCUUCCGUCCCUUUGUAAUUCAACAAUACAUCCAAUCGAAGAAGGACAAGUGAUACAUUAAAGUGAUUAAAGAGGAAUUGUUUUCUUUCUUUUUAUAUUGUGUCUAGGUUUCUUAUUUGGUUAAUGUUUGUUUCAAAGUCAAGAAUCCGAACAAGAAGAAAAAAGCUUUGUUUGCGCUUUUCAUCAAAUAUUACGGUAGUAAAAAUUCGCGACUAUCAUGUCAACGUUAAAUAAUUCGCUUUCUACCAUGAAAAACGACGAAUCGCAGGAGAAUAAUUUUUUAUAUACCAACGAAAUAAUCGAGCAGAUGUCGAAUGACGAGAGGAGAAAUUCGUCAUGCGAUCUCAUGAAGAAGAUAUAUCCUUCGGAUUUCAGGAGCUGGUCGAUUUUUAACCUGCUAAAACCCGAAUUUAUCAAGCAAAUUCGCAUGGUUAUGGUAUAUGGUGACUACGCUAACAAAGCUCUAGUUGUGACAAAAAAUAAAAUGUGUAUAAUUUGGAUUAUGAUAGAAAUAAUGUCUAUUUGAAUGAUAAGAAUGCUGACACACAUAUUGGGAUCUACUCAACAAUUAUAAAAGAACUGUGGGGAAAACAUAAAGACCUUUGCUCACAGCACCUAUUUUAUGCUGGCACUUACAGAAGAGGGAGAAGUAAUAAAUCAAAGAAUUUAUAUCUUGAAUGGCACAU